AGUCGCAGCCAGCUUUCGUUGCACAUUCCCACACUCACUGCUGUCGACCCGCUAUUGACUACGGAGCCAAGUUUUUGAACUCGUGUAAGCUAGCGCAUCUUCUUCUUCUCCUGCGGAAGACUCCACCGUAACUCUUUGGACACUUGUCUUAUCUCAACCGGGAGCUGAGUGUCAUACAAUGAGAACAGACAAGCAAAGGCAGGGGAUGUUAAUUCUGACGAACUUGACAUGAAUGAAAACUACUGAUACUAUUACUAGGAAGCUCGGCGGCGUUGCUUAUUUCACCGCAACACAAUGGCCUCUGUGUAUUUCAUAGGGGCUUUUCUCCUGCUAACGUUGAGCUCUUUCCUGAGGAUAAAUUGCAGAGUUAUUGCUGCCACUCCUUUGACUUCAGCUAUUCGCCAUUAUGAGCCAUUAUAUUAUGAUGUAGAAAGCCUUCAUGCAGAACAUCACAGAGUGAAGAGAUCCAGCCAGAAAAAUAUUGUAUGGGAACUCUCAGCACAUGGAAAAAAAAUGAAGAUUAUUUUGAAAAGGGAUACCUCCAUCUUCACCAAUGACCUAGUUGUGGAGACAUCAGAGGGACCUGUACAUUUGGACACUUCCAGAGUGUAUGUGGGACAUGUAUUAGGUAAGGUGCAACAAUAA